AUGUUCGAGACAAAUGUGGGUUCCAAAGACCUUAAUCUUGUGGAUAAUGAUCAAAAAUUUGAAGUAAACAAUGACUCAUCUUCACAAGAAAUCCCAAAGGAUUUAGAAAAAGCAGAGGACAAUCCCAUGUCCACACCAGCCCAAGAGGAAGCUAUAAUCAAGAAAAAAUAUGGUGGAUUACUACCAAGAAAAACCCCUUUAAUCUCAAAGGAUCAUGAUCGUGCUUUCUUUGAUUCUACAAAUUGGGCACUAGGAAAGCCUACGCCACAUCAGCAAGUUCGUUCAAGACGAUCAUCCUACGCCCCUGCAGAUAUUAUACCCUCUGUUGUAUGA